AUGAAAAUUUUGUCAUUAAUUGCUAUUUUGUUGAUAGUCAGCUCUUCGGCAAGACAAGAUUCUGUUGAAUAAUUACUUAAUAAAAUGAAGAAUAACAUUUAAGUUAAAGAGGAAAUAAUGUAAAUUCUAUAAAGUGGGGACCCAACAAGUUUACAAAAAGCUGAAAUCCCAGGAAAUGAAAAAAUAAGUACAUUUUUGUUUAAAAUAGAUGAUUCCACCAUCAAGUCCAUAUUCUUUACAACAGUGAAUAAAACUUAAUAUAAUUAUACAAACACUUCUUAUCCUAAUUCAACCUAUAAUUAUACAUAUGAAAGUGGUUAACCAUCCUAUAACUUUGCAACAUAUAGUAAUUCAAGUAAUACCUCAAAUACAACCAAUACCACAAACUUGACAAAUGCUAGCUAUCCUUAUUAAUAUAAUUACUCAUAUCCAUAAUAAAAUACCAAUACAAAUUACUAUACAUAUAGUAAUUCUAGUAAUACAUCAAAUACAACCAAUAACACAAACUUGACAAAUGCUAGCU